CACGUGGGACCUCGUACACGUUGUCAACUGCUGACAGAAACAACGCUGCUUCUUCUUCCUUCCUUCCUUCCUUCCUUCUUCCUCUGUUUCAACGAAUCUUGUUCUUCCUUCAUCUCAAUUUCGUAAAAUUCUCACUUUUCAGCUAGAUUCCUUCAUUUUAUUCAACACCCACUAUUUUCAUAUUCAUUUUCAAUCUUCAAAAUACAUUGUACAAUUUCUAUCUCAUCAAACUCAACACACAAUUUCUUCUUGUACAUUUUCUUUUCUAUCAAUUCAAAUCCAAUUACAUCAUUCUUGUUGUAUUAUUCCAAUUUGAUCAUUUCUUCUAUGACCCUUUUAAUUGAAUAUCAUAUUUUCUGCCUUGUUUUGUAGUAUAUAUUUGAUCAUCAUGGAUUGAGAUUAGUGUUUAAUUCAAAUCCAAUUACCAUUGUUCUUGCUUGUAUUGUUCCAAUUUGAUGAUGAUCUUUUCAAUGACCAUUUGGUCUUAAGAAUCAAAAUUUCAGUUUUUUAUUAGUACAUUUCAUCAUCAAGGAUUGAGAAUAUAGUGUUUAAUGGAUAAUAACUAUGGUUAUCCAUAUAGGUAUCCAAACCCUUAUAUGUACCCCCCUAACCCUAACCCUAACCCUCACCCUCACCCUCACCCUCAUCCACCAUAUCCACCUCAAGAUCCAUAUGCACAUUCCCAUACUCAUCAUGCUCCUCCUUAUCCAUAUCCUUACAUUUCUUCACAUUCCUUCAACUAUUCCUCCUAUCCUAGAUCACCACCACUACCAUCAUCAUCAUCAUCCAAUUAUACUGCCCCAUUUGAUUAUGCAUACCCUCCACCUGCCCCUCUUCAUCAAUUAGUACCCUCAGCCCCACCCUCUUAUCCUUACCAUGUUCCUCCAGGGAGUCAUCAUAGUCCUCCUCAACAUUCCCUUUCACACUCACACCAUGCUAGCUUAUUACAACAUGGAUCAUCCUCUCAUUAUUAUAAUUAUUAUCAGCAAAAUACUCCUCAUGAAGACCGUCCUGAUCUUCAUUCGCGUCAUAAUAGCUUCUCUGGUCCUUACUGGCCAGAUACAUCAAGUUCAACAGCAGUUGGUGGAGUAUCACAAACUAGUGGUGGCGAUAAUUCCAAGCCGUCUGCUUAUCCACGUUUGGAUGAUCUAAUGAACAAUGUUAAGUUGUCUGAUAACCAUCCAACUCCUCCUGCAUCGCCUCCAGCUCCUGCAGCUUCAGGUCAACCUUUUACGCAUUCGAUUUCGGUAUCAAAGUUGCAACAGAAGAAGGAGGAUUUUUAUGGACAUUCUAAUAACUCCUUCUCCGGUUGGGGAUCCUCGUACCCGAGUCGGGUGAACUCAGGUAGACUUUCGGAUUAUUCUGGCUCGUUUAACGGAUCAAUGCAUAGUCAGAGCAUGCAGAUUGUUCCGGUGCAGAAUAAAGGGUCCUUGAGAGUUUUGCUCCUUCAUGGAAACUUAGAUAUAUGGGUUCAUGAAGCCAAAAAUCUUCCGAAUAUGGACAUGUUCCACAAAACAUUGGGGGAUAUGUUUGGUAAAUUACCUGGUAGUGUAAGUAAUAAAAUUGAAGGAACAAUGAAUAAGAAGAUUACCAGUGAUCCUUAUGUUUCGAUUUCAGUGGCAAAUGCAGUAAUUGGGAGGACUUUUGUGAUUAGCAAUUCUGAAAAUCCUAUUUGGAGUCAACACUUCUAUGUUCCUGUUGCACAUAACGCUGCUGAAGUGCACUUUUUGGUUAAAGACAGUGAUGUUGUGGGUUCACAGCUCAUUGGUACUGUGGCGAUUCCAGUGGAACAAAUAUACUCAGGGGCAAUAGUUCAGGGAACUUACCCUAUACUGAAUAAUAAUGGGAAGCCUUAUAAGCAAGGUGCUAUACUGAGCCUGUCCAUUCAGUACAUCCCAAUGGAGCAAUUGAGCUUUUAUCAUCAAGGAGUUGGAGCAGGGCCUGAAUAUAUUGGUGUUCCUGCCACUUAUUUUCCUUUGAGGAAAGGGGGAAAUGUUACUCUAUAUCAAGAUGCUCAUGUUCCAGAUGGUAGCCUCCCUAAUGUGUUGCUUGAUAGUGGGAUGUUUUAUGUGAAUGGAAAGUGUUGGCAUGACAUAUUUGAUGCCAUAAGUCAAGCUCGCCGCUUGAUAUAUAUUACAGGAUGGUCGGUGUGGCACAAAGUUAGGUUGAUAAGGGAUGCCGGUUACAGUUCCGAUUAUACCUUAGGUGAUCUUCUGAAGACAAAGUCACAAGAAGGAGUAAGAGUGCUUCUCCUUAUUUGGGAUGAUCCUACAUCAAGAAGUAUUUUGGGUUAUAAAACAGAUGGUGUCAUGGCAACUCAUGAUGAGGAAACUAGGCGGUUUUUCAAGCACUCAUCAGUCCAUGUGCUGCUUUGUCCUCGUAGUGCUGGAAAACGACAUAGCUGGGUCAAGCAAAGGGAAGUUGGAACCAUAUAUACACAUCAUCAGAAAACUGUAAUUGUGGAUGCUGAUGCUGGAAAUAACAGAAGAAAAAUUGUAGCAUUUGUCGGUGGACUUGAUUUAUGUGAUGGCCGAUAUGAUACUCCCCAGCAUCCUCUCUUUAAGACAUUACAAACAAUACAUAAAGAUGAUUACCACAACCCAACUUUCACGGGUAACACUGGUGGUUGUCCAAGGGAGCCGUGGCAUGAUUUGCAUACUAAAAUUGAUGGUCCGGCAGCUUAUGAUGUCUUAACUAACUUUGAGGAGCGCUGGUUAAAAGCUUCAAAACCACAGGGGAUAAAGAAGUUGAAAAUUUCAUAUGAUGAUGCUUUACUCAGACUCGAAAGAAUUCCAGAUGUUAUUGGCAUUAAUGACACUCCUAGUGGUGAGAAUGAUCCUGAAUCAUGGCAUGUUCAGAUAUUUCGCUCAAUUGAUUCAGGUUCUGUUAAGGGAUUUCCAAAAGAUCCAAGAGAGGCGACUGGCAAGAACCUUGUCUGUGGGAAGAAUGUGCUGAUUGACAUGAGCAUACAUACAGCAUACGUGAAGGCUAUUCGUGCUGCACAGCAUUACAUUUAUAUAGAGAAUCAAUAUUUCAUCGGCUCUUCUUACAAUUGGAGUCAACAUAAAGACCUUGGCGCUAAUAAUUUAAUUCCAAUGGAAAUUGCUCUAAAGAUUGCGGAAAAGAUUAAAGCAAAUGAGAGGUUUGCAGUUUAUAUAGUAAUUCCAAUGUGGCCAGAAGGUGUUCCAACAGGUGCUGCCACACAAAGGAUUCUAUUCUGGCAGAAUAAAACAAUGCAAAUGAUGUAUGAGACAAUUUCAAAGGCUUUGGUUGAAGCUGGGCUUGAAGCAGCAUUCUCUGUGCAAGACUAUUUGAACUUUUUCUGUCUUGGUAAUCGAGAGGCCAUCAAUAUCUACGAAAAUAUCAGUGUGUCGGGAAAUCCUCCCCCAGCAAAUAGUCCACAAGCAAAUAGUCGAAAUAGUCGACGUUUCAUGAUAUAUGUUCAUUCAAAAGGCAUGAUAGUUGAUGAUGAAUAUGUGAUAGUGGGCUCCGCAAACAUUAACCAACGCUCUAUGGAAGGAACAAGGGACAGUGAGAUUGCAAUGGGAGCAUACCAACCUCAUCAUACCUGGGCAAGAAAACAUUCCAAUCCACUUGGACAAAUCCAUGGAUAUAGGAUGUCACUUUGGGCAGAACAUACUGGAACAAUUGAUGACUGCUUCUUGCAACCUGAGAGCCUUGAAUGCGUGCGAAAGGUUAGAGCAAUUGGUGAAAUGAACUGGAAACAAUUUGCAGCAAAUGAUGUGACAGAGAUGAGAGGGCAUCUACUAAAAUACCCUGUAUAUGUUGAUCGAAAGGGGAAAGUCAGAUCACUUCCCGAUCAAGAAGAGUUCCCUGAUGUCGGAGGAAAAAUUGUUGGAUCUUUUCUUGCCAUGAAGGAGAAUCUUACCAUUUGAGAUACUGAUGAUUACUUUGAGUCUGUCACAUUCUACUAGCCAUUAGGAUGAGAUGUAAAUUAAAAAAUAGAAAAUUUUGAAAUGGUUGAUAGUUACAGAAACACAUAGUGUAUAGUCAAACACCUUUACAGGUUAUUCUUUUUCCUUUCCUAGGAUUAACUCACAAAACUACAGACCAAUUCUUGAUUAUUAUACAGGCAAACUGUUCCUAUAAAAAGUGUUGUCUUUGUGUAUAUAUAUUUAAUACUUAAUGUGGAAUGCUACUUGUUUUGUAAUUCAUGGUCCUACAAGUAUGGCAUGAUUAUAUGACAACAUAGUUGCCUUGCCAA